GAAACACACCCUUAUCUGUUCAUGUCGUUUAAAAGUCACGGUCCCAGAAGAGUACAAGGUUUAAAAAAUCCAGUAAUGUCCGAACGGCGAAACGCGCAGUAUAUUUGGAACACUUGCCAAAACACACAACCAUCAUCUCUCUCUCUUAAACAAUUCAUUAUGGCGAGAUUCACCCGCCACGCCCGCACAGCCUUUUUCCUGUGCGCAUCAUUCCUAUUCCUAUCGUCCAUACGAUCUUUUUUCAAUGGACGUACACCCGUCACUCCUGCACCCCAAGAUCCAAAACCGGAUAUCAAGCAGAAUGUUGCGACAACAGUGGAUUGUAAAGAGACGAGACGGGUAGAGUAUCGUGUUUUGGAGGGGAAGGGGUACCCGUUUCCAUUGUUUCUUGCUACGGGACGACAGGAUGGGGAUCAAGACAAGAUGAAUGUUGUUAGAGAGAUGAUGAUACACGCAUGGGACAAUUACUUCCACCUAUCCCCAAACUACGACGAACUCCGCCCAUCCUCUAAACACGGACACAACUGGUACCACCCCUACAACCUCCUCAGCACACCCGUAGACGCCCUAGAUACACUCUAUAUAAUGGGUCUAGACUCCCGAUACGAACAAGCAAAGAAAAUGGUUAUAGAGGGACUGAGAGUGGAUAUACCUGCUGUUGUGAAUGUGUUUGAGACGACGAUUAGGGUUUUGGGUGGGUUGUUGGCGGCUUGGGAAUUGGAUGGGGAUCAGAGGUUGUUGGAUCGGGCGGUUCAGUUGGGGGAUAGGUUGGUAAUGGCUUUUGAGACGCCUACGGGGUUACCUGCAGGUCAUUUUAAUUUGUCGAGUGGUCAACCAGGGGGCCAUAUGGGCGCUUAUGUCAAUCUUGCCGAGAUUGGGACACUUCAAUUGGAAUUCCAGUAUUUGAGUGAUGUCACUGGGAAUCCCAUUUACGCCCAAAAGGCCCUCCAUGUUUAUGAUGUUCUCCAUGAUGCCGGGCGUCCCAUGAAAGGACUGUACCCAAUCGACUGGAGCACGUCAUCCAUACGUGAUCGAAAAGAACCAGCAGGCGAAGCCUAUGGAAUCGGAGCAGCCUCAGACUCGUUUUACGAGUAUCUUUUAAAAUUAUGGAUAUCGACUGGGGAUGAAAAGUAUCGAGAGUGGUAUGAUGAAGCGGCCGAGGCAAUUUCGAGCCAUUUGGCUACAACGUCUCAAGAAGGUCGAUACACAUACAUACCCAAUGCCCGACUUUACGACUCUGGAUUCCAAAAAGAGUCUACAUUCCAUCACCUUACGUGUUUUGCAGGCGGCAUGUUUUCAACGGGGGCAUUAACCCGUCGUCGGGGUCCAUGGAUUGAUUUACUACGAUUGGGAGAACGGGUCACGCGGACGUGUUAUGAGAGUUAUAAUCGGACGGCUACGGGGUUGGGACCUGAGAGUAUGCAUGGAGCUGAUUUGGGGGGAUCAGAUUCGAGGUAUUUGUUACGACCAGAAACAGUUGAAUCCAUAUUUUAUCUCUGGCGAUACACCCAUGACCCCAUCUACCGCCAAAUGGGCUGGCAAAUCAUCCAAUCCUUGAACACGUAUACCCGAACACCGACGGGUUUUAUCGGGUUAUCCACAGUAAGCAGUAAUUCCCCCCAACCCGACGACCUACAACAAAGUUUCUUUUUAGCCGAGACCCUCAAGUAUUUGUUUUUAUUGUUUUGUGAGGAUGAUGUUGUGCCUUUGGAGGGGUUUGUGUUUAAUACUGAGGCCCAUGCGCUGAGUGUUCGGGGGUGGGGACGGCGAAAGGGGUUUGUGAGGGGGAGUGGGGAGGUAGCUACAAGGGAGGUUGAUAAAGAAAAGGGAAUAGAUGAAAAGGUGAAAGGGGGAUUUGAGAUGCGGGAUGCGGAAGCGGGUAAAGAUGAUACAAAAGUUGAGGAUGAGAUAAAGGAAAAGGUUGGUGAUCGGGUUGUGAGGGAUCGGGGGGUUUAGAGAUAGAUAUGUACGCUUUUUAUGUAGCUGUUUUUUUUUUUUUUACAAAAAUGGGAAAUAUAUUCGUUUGAUACGAGUUGUAUAAAAUAGA